CUUUCCACUCUGGCAGACGCGCGGGCGCCCGGGCGCGGCGCCGCCGGCAACGGAGAGGCGCGGUAGCCGGGGCGGGCAGCCGGGGCCGGGCCGCUGCGGGCGCCGGGGCGGGGUCCGCGCUGAGCCGCCUUUUUGGUCGGCUGGUCCCUGCGGCGGUUGCCCGGCGGCCCGGGCGCGCGGCCCUUCGCCAUGUACACCUUCGUGGUGCGCGAUGAGAACAGCAGCGUCUACGCCGAGGUCUCCCGGCUGCUCCUCGCCACCGGCCACUGGAAGAGGCUGCGGCGAGACAACCCCAGAUUCAACCUGAUGUUGGGAGAGAGGAAUCGGCUGCCCUUCGGGAGACUGGGUCACGAGCCCGGGCUGGUACAGUUGGUGAAUUACUACAGGGGCGCUGACAAACUGUGUCGCAAAGCUUCUUUAGUGAAGCUAAUCAAGACAAGCCCUGAACUGGCUGAGUCCUGCACAUGGUUCCCUGAAUCCUAUGUGAUUUAUCCAACUAAUCUCAAGACUCCAGUUGCUCCAGCACAGAAUGGAAUUCAGCCACCAAUCAGUAACUCAAGGACAGAUGAAAGAGAAUUUUUUCUCGCUUCUUAUAACAGAAAGAAAGAGGAUGGAGAGGGCAACGUUUGGAUUGCAAAGUCAUCAGCCGGUGCCAAAGGUGAAGGCAUUCUCAUCUCCUCAGAGGCUUCAGAGCUUCUCGAUUUCAUAGACAACCAGGGCCAAGUGCAUGUGAUCCAGAAAUAUCUCGAGCACCCGCUGCUGCUUGAGCCAGGUCAUCGCAAGUUUGACAUUCGAAGCUGGGUCUUGGUGGAUCAUCAGUAUAAUAUCUACCUCUAUAGAGAGGGUGUGCUUCGGACUGCUUCAGAACCAUAUCAUGUUGAUAAUUUCCAAGACAAAACCUGCCAUUUGACCAAUCACUGCAUUCAAAAAGAGUACUCAAAGAACUACGGGAAGUAUGAAGAAGGAAAUGAAAUGUUCUUCAAGGAGUUCAAUCAGUACCUAACAAGUGCUUUGAACAUUACCCUAGAAAGUAGUAUCUUACUACAAAUCAAACAUAUAAUAAGGAACUGCCUCCUGAGCGUGGAGCCUGCCAUUAGCACCAAGCACCUCCCUUACCAGAGCUUCCAGCUCUUUGGCUUUGACUUCAUGGUGGAUGAGGAGCUGAAGGUGUGGCUCAUUGAGGUCAACGGUGCCCCUGCAUGUGCUCAGAAGCUCUAUGCAGAACUAUGCCAGGGCAUCGUGGACAUAGCCAUUUCCAGUGUCUUCCCACCUCCAGAUGUGGAGCAACCUCAGACCCAGCCAGCUGCCUUCAUCAAGCUGUGACGGAGGGGCACUCCCUGCUGCCUUGGAAAAAGCAUGGGGUCCUGCUCCAGGGAACGGUGAAAUGACUGGAUUGCUCUUUAUCCAGCCCACAGCAGGGGAAAGAAAGGCAACUCACAAAGAUGAGAUGAAAGAAGGCACGUGAGCAGAGGAGGCAGCUCCCGAAGAGAGGGUUGCUCAGGGGACUUACCAGGUGGAGCUCUCGGCAAUGCUGUUGAGACUUUUGAAAACAACUUUGGUACACAAAGGCAGCUUUGUGAGCAGAGCUCCUUCCCCUCUCCCCGGAAACAGCAAGGCACUGGGACCUCUGGUCGGUGCCUCCCACCCACUGCAGCCCUAGUGCCUUAGCUCCAUGCCCGGCUGCAGCCCCACUGCUCUGGACUGUGGAUUGGACGUGAGAGCAUAUUGGAGGUUGCCUGUGUGUUCCCUGCCCAUCCCUUCGGUAACACUCUGCCACACUAAGCUCUGGACAAGCAUGCACCAACAGUCCUUAGUUUUGUGCUGUGCAUUGGCCUCUCAGCGAAGGUGGUUUCCCUCAUCACCUUCCUGAUGGUGUUUGGUCAGUCACCUGUCAGGGUUUGUGUGGGCUGGGCCCCAAAAAAGCAUAUGCUGCUCUAAGUCUGCUCUCUGCAUGUUUUAGAAACAAAGUGGCAAGUCUGCCCUGAACCUGUAAUCAUCAAAUAAGCAUGAGAGAGAAAAAAACAUGACAUAUUGCUUUACUUAAUAGGUUGAAUAUGGUAGGUCUUUGAAAAUAUGAUGAUUCAAUUUUCUCUAUUUUCUUUGCUUUAAUCAAAAUUCUAAAUGCAGUUUUGCCCAGUUCCCUUUUUUUUUUACUUUUUUUUUAAACGUUUGUAAAAACCUCUCUGAGGAUCAGGAGUCAGUAAAAUUCCACUCCCCAAGUGGUCCUGCCCCAGACAAAGGUUGCUUUCCCCCUUUUUGUUCUUUUUAUGCCCCAAGCACUUUCUGCAGUAGCUAGAGGGACAGGUUUCCUUCCAGAAAGGAUUCGAGUUCCUGUGCCUGUAGGUAUCAGGUGAGUGUAUGUCCUGCCUGAAUGGGAAAGUCUUCUAAAAUGGGAAAGAAGUGGUUUCAGCUCCACACAGCAUCUUGUAAAUCUCAACAAAUGUGUACUGUUAGAAGUGGCUUCCGCUUACUGGAUUAACUAAUACUUUAUAGGCUUUUCAGGAGGCCACAUAACUAGCAGUAGGGAGAACAAGAUACCAUUUGUGUUCAGUGUAAGCUGAGUAAACAGGCCCUUCCUAGAGUGUCCUGGAAAUCACAGCAACCCAUUGAAAACUGCCCUCCCCACCAGAACGUGCUAUGUUCUUUCUUCAUGCCUAUGUGUGCUCCAUUCCUCAUUUCUACUUGGCUCAAGAAAACAUUUCUGCAGUCAGGUGAGACUUUUACAAAAGAGGAUAAAAUCAAUGCCUCCUUGAACAUGAUGAGAUGUGAGAACUUACAAUGAAAAAGGCAAUAAUGGUAGAAAUUAUUUCUUAGGUGCAGCAAUAGUUGAUAGGAUGUGAGGGUGUUACCUUGGGGUGAAGUGGAGAAGGUCUCAGGUGAAUUGGCUCUCAUGGAAAUUUGGAAUUACAAAAUAAACAUCCUGGGGGUUACCCAGAAUACAGAUUUAAAAGUUUGCCUGUAGAGCAAAAUAAAACAGUCAGUUGUAAUCAUUAAUCCUUGAGGCCCAAGGCAGCCGAUGGGUUGGUGUUUGGGAAAUUCUGAGAAGGGAAUGAGAUCUGAUCGGAUCCUGGGAAGAUGUAUACCUAGUUAGAACGUGUAGGGUUCUGGGUCCCUGGCAAGUCUAGGUGGGCGGGUGACAGGGAAAGCAUGGGCAUUUUUGUAUUGCUGUCACAUGCUAACACAGGUUUGUAAUUAUCUUUUGGACCCAAAUUACAGAGACAUUUACGAGUUUUCUAGCCCUCACAGUAACAGAGCUAAGAAUUCAGAUGUCAAGAAGUCUGUGAAUCUUGAUGGAUUUUCUGAGAAACCUGACUCAAUGGCAUAUGUAAGAGGGAAGUAAGACUUUUAAGAAAAGAAAAAAUUAUGCCUCAUUCCUCAUGUGGCUUCCAAUAAGUAUCUUAGGCACUUAUUUCUUUUUUUAAAAUAUUUUUUAAAUUUUUAAAAUUUGAUUAUUUUUUACAGAGACGUGGUCUCACUAUGUUGCCCAGGCUGGAUUGCAGUGGCUAUUCGCAGUUGUAAUCAUAGCACACUGCAGCCUUGAAUUUCUGGACUUGAGCGAUCCUCCCGUCUCAGCCUCCUGAGUAGCUGAGACUACAGGUGCACACCACCAAGCCUGGCUUUAUGUAUUUAUUUCUGUUCAUGUGGAAUGAUUGGUUCAGAACUGUUCCUUUCCCUACCAUGAUGUCCUUCACAAAGAAGGUCAUGCCUGGCUCCCAGUUAGGCUUCAUACUUUUGGUCCAGGUAAGUGCUGCCCGUUGCAGGGGGAGGAGUCAUGGUUUAUUUGGAAAUGUCAGUUGCAAUCAUGGUUCUGUCGUUUGACUGCACAGUAUCAGAGGAGCCUGUUAACCUCUCUGUGCCUUAGUUUCUUAGCCCAUGAAAGAGAUCAUUGCCUGACCCAGGGACUACCUCAAGGGCUUUUGGUGAGGACAAGUGACAGUAGGAAGACACAAGAGCCUUUAGUACCAAGGUUCUCAACACUGACUACAUGCUGGAAUGACUUGUGAAGCUUUUAAAAAAUGUUAGUGCCCACUCUUCUCCUCUCCCCCCAGCCAGUUAAAUCAGAACCUCAGACAGCAAUAUGCCUUGAGAUGCCUUGAACCAUGCUUAAGAAGGAAAGACAAACACAUUAUUACCUUGGAAGAAUUGCAUAAGGCUUAUGACUUAAAAAAAAAAUUCUUUUUGGAAACACAAGCAUUUCUUUAAGAAUGACCAGAUGUUGCCAUAUGUAUUUAUGGCACAAGCAGGUGUUGUCUAAGCAGUUUCUCUGUUUGCUUGUCAUAGCAGCAUUUGGAAACUCAAACAUGCUUUCAUUUACGUAAGUAGUUUAUGAAGCUUUGACAACAAAUGUAGACAGACAUGAAAUUAUAAAUCUGCUAAAUAUGUAUUAAGGGUAUUAAUUAUUGAGAGAAAGUCCCUUUCCUCAAAACUCAACUCCUAUGGCAAUUAUGAACUCCAUUUUACCAAGAACAUUUAAGUGCCUCAGCAUCUGUAUGAUAUAGUGGAGCAGGUGCUGACAUAGGUACCAGCUGACAUGAUGUGUCACUAGCUCUGCGGGAUGAUUGCCACAUAAAUGGAACACCUGAGAGUGCUGGAAAUGUACUGGGAUCGAAGCUACAAAGUGUGUUUUCAUUCACAGUGGAGGCUACGUCAAGCAAGGGGAGGUCCAGCCCUCUUGCAGGUGUGGUGAGAGGCUCUACUAGCAAAGACAUGUGCACCAGAGUGGGUCCUGUGUAGCAUGCGGGUGCUGUAGAGAAAAUUCAGUGACGUACAUGGCUCUGGUUCUGGACACAAAAUCUGUACUGGAGAGGAAAUGACUGCUGAAAUAAGGCAAUUGUAUGAAUAUUUAAAAUGCCUGGAACACUAAAGUAAAGUAAUGAUAUUUCAAGUG